CUCCACCCCCUCAGCGAGGCGGGACUUCCGGCAAGGGAGUGACGGGCGCGGCCUGGGCGGCGGCGCGUCCUAAGGUGGCGGCUGCCUGAGCUUACAGCGGCCCGUGGAUUCGGGCACCGGAGCGAGCCGCGCUGGUGGCGGCGGCGGUAGCCGCGAUGAUGGAGAUCCAGAUGGACGAAGGUGGAGGUGUGGUGGUGUACCAAGACGACUACUGCUCGGGCUCGGUCAUGUCGGAGCGGGUGUCGGGCCUGGCGGGCUCCAUAUACCGCGAGUUCGAGCGCCUCAUUCACUGCUAUGACGAGGAGGUGGUCAAGGAGCUCAUGCCGCUGGUGGUGAACGUGCUGGAGAACCUUGACUCGGUGCUGAGCGAGAACCAGGAGCACGAGGUGGAGCUGGAGCUCCUACGCGAGGACAACGAGCAGCUGCUCACGCAAUACGAGCGCGAGAAGGCGCUGCGCAAACAGGCCGAGGAGAAAUUCAUCGAAUUUGAAGAUGCCUUGGAACAAGAGAAGAAAGAACUCCAGAUCCAGGUAGAACAUUAUGAAUUUCAGACUCGCCAACUGGAGCUUAAGGCCAAAAACUAUGCCGAUCAGAUUUCCCGACUAGAGGAACGGGAAUCGGAGAUGAAGAAGGAAUACAAUGCCCUGCACCAGCGGCACACAGAGAUGAUCCAGACCUAUGUGGAACACAUCGAAAGAUCUAAGAUGCAGCAAGUUGGGGGUAGCAGCCAAACAGAAAGCAGCCUGCCCGGGCGGAGUCCUCGCCAGUCGUGGAGGAAAAGCAGGAAGGAGCGUCCCACCUCUCUGAAUGUCUUCCCCCUGGCUGAUGGCAUGGUACGUGCACAGAUGGGGGGCAAGCUCGUGCCUGCGGGGGACCACUGGCACCUGAGUGACCUCGGCCAGCUACAGUCCAGCUCCAGCUACCAGUGUCCAAAUGAUGAGAUGUCUGAGUCAGGCCAGUCCUCAGCAGCUGCAACACCCAGUACCACAGGUACCAAGUCCAACACACCCACAUCCUCCGUGCCCUCAGCAGCGGUCACGCCACUCAACGAGAGCCUACAGCCCCUGGGGGACUAUGGCAGUGUCACAAAGAACAACAAGCGGGCCCGAGAGAAGCGCAAUAGCCGUAACAUGGAGGUCCAGGUCACCCAAGAGAUGCGGAAUGUCAGUAUUGGCAUGGGCAGCAGUGAUGAGUGGUCCGAUGUUCAGGACAUUAUUGACUCCACCCCAGAGCUGGAUGUGUGUCCAGAAACCCGUCUGGACCGUACAGGAAGCAGCCCAACCCAGGGAAUUGUCAACAAAGCUUUUGGAAUCAACACUGACUCCUUGUAUCAUGAACUAUCUACGGCGGGGUCUGAGGUCAUCGGGGAUGUGGACGAGGGAGCUGAUCUCCUAGGGGAGUUCUCAGUGCGCGAUGAUUUUUUUGGAAUGGGCAAAGAAGUGGGGAACCUGCUGCUGGAGAACUCACAGCUUCUAGAGACAAAAAAUGCUUUGAAUGUGGUGAAGAAUGACCUCAUUGCUAAGGUUGACCAACUGUCAGGAGAACAGGAGGUGCUAAAGGGUGAACUGGAAGCAGCCAAACAAGCCAAAGUCAAGCUAGAGAACCGAAUCAAAGAGCUUGAAGAAGAACUGAAAAGAGUCAAGUCAGAGGCAGUAACCGCCCGCCGUGAGCCCAGAGAAGAGGUGGAGGAUGUAAGCAGCUAUCUCUGUACAGAAUUGGACAAAAUCCCCAUGGCCCAGCGCCGACGCUUCACAAGGGUGGAAAUGGCCCGAGUGCUCAUGGAACGUAACCAGUACAAGGAACGCCUCAUGGAGCUGCAGGAGGCCGUGAGGUGGACCGAAAUGAUCAGAGCAUCAAGGGAACACCCAUCUGUCCAGGAGAAGAAGAAGUCUACUAUCUGGCAGUUCUUUAGCCGCCUCUUCAGCUCCUCAUCCAGCCCGCCUCCAGCCAAACGGUCCUACCCAUCUGUGAACAUUCACUACAAAUCACCCACUGCAGCUGGCUUUAGCCAGCGUCGCAGCCAUGCUAUGUGCCAGAUCUCAGCCGGCAGCCGACCCCUGGAGUUCUUCCCUGAUGAUGACUGCACCUCUUCUGCUCGGCGGGAGCAGAAGCGGGAACAAUACCGCCAGGUUCGUGAACACGUGCGCAAUGAUGACGGGAGACUGCAGGCCUGUGGAUGGAGCCUGCCUGCCAAGUACAAGCAGCUGAGCCCCAAUGGAGGCCAGGAAGACACCCGCAUGAAAAAUGUGCCUGUCCCUGUGUACUGCCGCCCUCUGGUGGAGAAGGACCCCUCAACAAAGCUGUGGUGUGCUGCUGGUGUCAACUUGAGUGGGUGGAAGCCAAAUGAAGAGGACUCUAGCAAUGGACCCAAACCUGCACCAGGUCGAGACCCUCUGACCUGCGACCGGGAAGGAGAAGGUGAACCCAAAAGCACACACCCAUCACCUGAGAAGAAGAAGGCAAAGGAGGCCCCUGAGGCGGAUGCUACCUCCAGUCGGGUAUGGAUCCUCACCAGCACCCUGACCACCAGCAAGGUGGUGAUCAUUGAUGCCAACCAGCCAGGCACAAUUGUGGAUCAGUUCACAGUCUGCAAUGCCCACGUCCUGUGUAUCUCCAGCAUUCCUGCGGCCAGUGACAGUGACUAUCCCCCUGGGGAGAUGCUCCUAGACAGUGAUGUGAACCCUGAAGACUCGGGUGCUGAUGGUGUGCUGGCUGGCAUCACCCUAGUGGGGUGUGCCACCCGCUGCAAUGUACCACAUAGCAACUGUUCCUCCCGAGGAGACACCCCAGUACUGGACAAGGGACAGGGGGAUGUGGCAGCCACUGCCAAUGGGAAAGUCAACCCAUCCCAGUCCACAGAGGAAGCCACAGAAGCUACAGAGGUGCCAGACUCUGGUCCCAGCGAGUCAGAAGCAACGACAGUCCAGCCCGGGCCUCUCACAGAGCAUGUCUUUACUGACCCGGCACCCACCCCAUCUUCCAGCACCCAGCCUGCCAGUGAGAAUGGGUCAGAGUCCAAUGGCAGCAUUGCACAGCCUCAGGUGGAGCCCAGUGGGGAGCCCUCAGCAACGACUAGUAGUGCUGCACCCACCAUGUGGCUGGGAGCCCAGAAUGGCUGGCUCUACGUGCAUUCAGCAGUAGCCAACUGGAAGAAAUGUCUGCACUCCAUCAAGCUAAAAGACUCUGUGCUGAGCCUGGUGCAUGUCAAAGGCCGAGUGCUGGUAGCUCUUGCAAAUGGGACUCUGGCUAUCUUCCAUCGUGGAGAGGAUGGCCAGUGGGACCUGAGCAACUACCACCUAAUGGACCUGGGUCACCCACACCACUCCAUCCGCUGCAUGGCUGUUGUUAAUGACCGAGUUUGGUGUGGCUACAAGAACAAGGUGCAUGUCAUCCAGCCCAAGACAAUGCAGAUUGAGAAAUCAUUUGAUGCCCACCCAAGGCGGGAAAGCCAGGUGCGACAGCUGGCCUGGAUCGGUGAUGGAGUAUGGGUCUCUAUUCGCUUGGAUUCUACCCUUCGGCUCUACCAUGCUCACACCCACCAGCACCUGCAGGAUGUGGACAUUGAGCCCUAUGUUAGCAAGAUGCUGGGUACUGGCAAGCUGGGCUUCUCCUUCGUGCGUAUCACAGCCCUACUCAUCGCAGGCAACCGUCUGUGGGUGGGCACUGGAAAUGGGGUUGUCAUCUCCAUCCCCUUGACUGAGACUGUGGUCCUGCAUCGAGGCCAGCUCUUAGGGCUCCGAGCCAACAAGACAUCCCCAACGUCUGGGGAGGGGACCCGCCCAGGGGGCGUCAUCCAUGUGUAUGGGGACGACAGCAGUGACAAGGCUGCCAGUAGUUUCAUCCCCUACUGCUCCAUGGCUCAGGCUCAGCUCUGCUUCCAUGGGCACCGUGAUGCUGUCAAAUUCUUUGUCUCUGUGCCAGGAAACGUGCUGGCCACUCUCAAUGGCAGUGUCCUCGAUAGCCCAUCAGAGGGCCCUGGGCCUGCUGCACCCACUGCAGAUGCUGAGGGCCACAAGUUGAAGAAUGCACUGGUGCUGAGUGGUGGUGAAGGUUACAUCGACUUCCGCAUCGGAGACGGAGAGGAUGAUGAAACUGAGGAAGGUGCCGGGGAUGGGAACCAGACAAAGCCCUCAUUGUCCAAGGCUGAGCGCAGCCACAUCAUCGUGUGGCAAGUGUCCUACACCCCUGAGUGAGACCCUGUCCUGCCUGAUGCCAACUGUACAUAGGACCCUAUCUGCCUGCCCCCCCCGCCUGUUCCCUGGGGCAGCCAGGUUCGUCCAUCCCCUUUUAACCUCUCAACUUGCAGCUUUUACCUGAGGUCCAGCCCCCAGCUGUUAGAGAGGGGUGAAGCAGGGUUUGGGGAGUGAGGCAAGAACAGAUGUCUUUCCCAUCAGGGAGGAGAGAGCCUCUGAGACACUCUCCAGCAGCCCCUGGCCUUGGCCCAACAUGAAGUCCCAGAGGGCCCUCAGGGCAAGGCAGGACCAAAACAGCUAUGGGCAGCCCCUACAGGUGGCCCUGGCUCCACUCCAUCCUCAUCAUCCUGGCAGGAGCAAGAGCCUCAUACUGCCAGAGUCUUCCCCAAGUCUACUUGCUUUGCAUGCAGCCCUGAGGAAGGGAUUCCUGAUUUCUAACCCUAUGCUCUCUCUGAGGGACCCAGGCAUAGCGUCCUCUGCCCAGAAGCAAGAUUAGGACUGCCCUGUUUCCUGGGCCCCAGCCAGCCUUCUCUGGGCUUUCCCCAUCUCCAAACUUAUAUUCCCUUGGCCCCCAGCCUAGGUCUUACCUGGGAACCUGGCAUGAAAACUCAGGGCCAGCCUCCCUAGGGCAGCUGCUUCAAAAGAUGACAAAUACCCAUUAACCCAGGAGAGCCCAAGAUUGUCCAGCCCCUCACAGACCAGUUUCCCCUAGGCUCUUCCUGGGCACAAGAUUCAUCUUGGAGGAGCAAGUGCCCUGCCCCUCCCAGAAGCCCCAAGGGUAGAAUUUCUCAGGCUGCCAGGGCAGGCACAGGCCUCAGGAAGGAUGGCCCUGGUCUCCCCAGAGUCAGUCCUAGGAUGCAGGCUUAGCCUCAGGUUAAUAGAGGAUGGUGUGCUCCAAGGGCCUGCCUCCUGCACAGGGCUCCAAGGAGCCCAGCUCCCGGACACAUACUAAGUGCCUAGGGUUGCCGGCUGAGGCCUGCUUCCUUGGAGAGCAGCUGACAAGAGGCUUCCAGGCAGAAGCCAGAAGAGCUGAGGACAAGCCAGGACGGGCACAAUUCUAAGCAAGUGUGUGGGAGCAGGUGCUGCCCUGGCCUUACUCUUCAGGGGCACUGAUAAGAGCCAGUUGGCCUCUACUGCACUCUUCCCACCAGAGAAGCACAGAUCCAGGGGCACCGCCCCUGAGCCUGUCUGGCCACAACAAGUUGCAGCAGUGUGCAGCUGCAGGCUUCUCCCCACUACCCUGCCACCUCUCCACUGUGAUGUAUGUCCCUUGUCUGUUCCCACAGGAGUGUGAAGUGACUGGGGUUAGCUGGGUGGGUGCAACUGGAGGGAAGGGGCCAGUGCAACUCUCCUCAGGCCUUUGGCCUUGCAAGUGAACUCACAUAUCUGCUCUGUAUGUAAUAAAUGUCUUAACAUUACUUUUGUCUUGAAACUGCA